CAUAGUGCCAGCAGUAGGAAUUGCGUCUAAGUAAAUUGUAUGACGGAUGUUAUUCAUUUGUUAAACUUUGCUUACAAGCGAUUAUUUUAACUUAGGAAACGUCAGUAUUUUAUAACAAAUGGCAGAACAAUUAAUGAAUGAAUUGGAAAAAGCAGCUCAAGUGAUUUUGGCACCACCGAACUUAAUUUCAACGCAACAACGUCGAUCUGCGGAAGAAGUUUUUUUAAAUUUUCGGAAAACUAAAUGUCCGUACGAGCUUUGUCGACAAAUUUUGGAAACCAAUACAAAUGAUUAUAUUCUUUUUGAAGCAGCCGGUUUAAUAAAAAUAGCCCUAAUACGAGAAUGGCAAACAUUACAGAGUACUGUUGUUUCCUCUUUAAGACAAUACCUUUUACACUAUGUGAUAAACAAACCAAAUUUGGCUCCGUAUGUCAGAGGAGUCAUACUACAAGUAAUUGCAAUUAUAAUCAAAAGUAACAGUAUCUUUGACAAGGGAAAGGAAAGGCAAGAUAUACUAGGGGAAAUUGAAAACUUAAUAAUGACUGCUGACUUGCCAAGAAAACUUUUAGGAUGUCAUCUUAUCUCAGCGAUAAUGCAAGAAUUUGCAACCAAUUCUAAAUCAACAAAUAUCGGUUUACCAUGGGGAUUACAUUUUGAGAUAAAAGGAGGAUUCCAGUCUGUUGAUUUAAAAAGGAUUUUUAAAUUUUCUAUGGGAAUAGUCGACGAAUUGAUUAAGAAAGAUUUGGAAGAAGAUGCUGUAACUCUUCUUAAACAGUUACUUCCAAUUUUGGAAAAUAUACUAACUUGGUCGUUUCUUCGUGAUAGAGUUAUAGUGCCUAUGAUUGAAUUAUUUCAGGAGUCAGGCAAUCCUGCAUUGAACUUAACCACCGAUUGGCAAGAUAUAAUAUUAGUUCCAGCUGUAUUGGAUUUAUUUUUUACAUUAUAUUGGAAAGUACGAGGACAUCCGCAAUUAGCUUAUCAUGCGAGAACAUGUUUAGUUCGUUUAGCAAGUUUAAAUGGUGCAAAGAUACCUCGCGAAGUAGUGGAACUGCAGUAUCUCUCUAAUUAUAUGGAGAGAUUUUUAAAAUUGAUAACAAGCGUCGAUAUUAUCGACCAAGAAGCGGUUGGGAUUGCUAAUAUAAUAAAGACGCUAUUAAUUUUCUUUAAAACAAGUUUGUAUAAUCAUCUACCCGAAGAUAUGUUCAAAUCGUUUUUGGAACAAUUAUCGCGGCUAACUUGUUCGUUUUUAGAAAACGCAGCGCAAGAAGAAUUGUCAACUGUUGGUGACUGUUUGUACACAGAGGCUUUAGAUGCUUUGUUUGACGCGUGGGCGUAUAUAUUGUCUGGAAAAAAUAGGUAUCCUUCGGAAUUUUAUAAACGAAGUUCCAGCCAAAUAUUUGACAUAUAUCUUCGGUGUCACUUAUCACCACCGCAAGGUAUAAGGAACGUCGAGGACAAGGAUCUUGAAAAGGAAGAACAUGAUAACGAAGAGAAUGAUAGGGAGAGAUUUAAGGAAAAUUUGCAAAUAAUUGGACUUUUUGGUAGACAAGUACCGCAUCAUUCUCUUCCAUUAUUGGCACAAUUAAUAGAAGAUCGUAUUUCUAAAUUACGUGAAAAUCUUAAUAUGUUAGUGGGACAGACUGAAUCGUUAAAAAAUAAUUGUAUGAUUAAGUUGUACGAAGAUAUACAUUGGUUAGUGCUUAUAAUAGGUAAUAUACUUUGCAUGGAAUCAGAUGGUGAAGUUGCUUUAAUACCUUCUGCGAUAACGACCUAUGAUAUGGAACAGGUGCGUCAAGGAAAGGUUGAUUUAAACCUUACACUACAAUUUUUAGCAUCCUCCGAAAAUAUUUCAACAGAUAUUAAUAUUAAUACCGAAUCGGUAGAUCAUAUCAUACGUUUAGUCGCCGAUGUUUUUCGUUUGUGUGCCAUAGAAAAAACAGCAAUAUCUAUUCAUUUAGAUAGUAUAUUAAGUCCUGAAUUAAGUUGCACCAUCACUUGGUUUUUACAUAAAUGGUCCCUUCAUUACCUAUUACCACCAGAAAUUCAUUAUUUUAAAAUAUCAACUACAUUUAUACAAGCAUUUGGGGAAGAUACGGCCGGUGCAUCGUGGGCUGUUAAUUUUUUGCUAGAAAAAGUAGAAUGCAAUAUCAAUGCUUUCAAGAGUGAACCGGCAUUAAUGAAUGAGACUAUAAACUUGUUAUUAUCGCUCGUUGAGUCGCCAAAGAAAGCCACUUAUGUACGGAAGUCUGAACGAUUUGGCAAUAUUUUAAAUUUAGCUACAAAAGGACAAUAUGACUUUCCACAGGUAGUUAAAAGAGGAUUAAUGCAAGCAGUAGGUCAAGUUGCUGCUUCAGUUCAAAACUUAAACGAACAACACUCUUACUGGACUGAAAUUUUACAAUCAUUGUUAGAUAGAUUGCCCAUAAAACAAAUUACCUCAGAUGAAAAAUUUUUACAAUCUUAUCAUCAAGAGGAAGUAAAAGUUCAAAUUAUAGAUAUUUUGGAACGUCUUAUUGGGGUUGGACAAGGUUCACAACGUUCUGGACUACUAUUUCAACAUGUAUAUCCGGUACUACGCGAACUUCCAAAUUUAUUAUCAUUAUAUCAUAAUUAUCACGAAGUAGUAGAAUUAAUUUUGGAGUUGCUCUGCGUAUAUACAAAAGAAACUGUAGCUCUUUGGAAUUUAUCAGAGACUGAAGCUGCACAAAUAUAUGAAAUAUGUUUAGGUGCAAUACAAAGUUACACGCGUUGUAACGCUAAUCGACUGAGUGCAGAUUCAACUGUAGAAGAAGAUAAUUAUGAGGAUAUUUUACUACUAAUGAAAUUGUUAAUGAAUAUUGAAGACGCAUUCAAGGAACGAGCAGUAGAUGCUUUUUUGUGUGGCUUGAGUAUGCUUGUGCCUACAAUGACUAUAGAUUUAUUAAAAUUCCCCCUUCUGUGUUCACAAUACUUUAAAAUGAUAACAGUGCUCUGCGAACUUUCUCCUGAAAAAGUACUCAAUUUAUCUCCUGAACUAUUGCAGCCACUUUUGGCAUCGGUAGAAUUAGGUUUAUUUUCUUUCUGUCAUGUUGUAUCCACGAUAUGCUGUAACAUCAUUGAAAUCUUAGCAAUUCAGAUUUACAAAGACAUUUCAAACGGACGUCCGCGAAGCCAAAUAAUGAUACCGUUUUUAAAUGUACUUAUUACUGUUGUUUGGUCACAAGAAAUUAACUCGAAUCUUAUAUCGUCCGUGGAUAUGCCAUUAUAUUACUUGAUAUGUUGUUAUCAAGACGAAUAUCAGCAAGUUGUACAGAAUAUUUUAUCUACUCAAACGGAUCAAGAAAUUGCAGAAAGAUUAUCGGCUGCUUUUAGACGGUUGACUUCAAAUAUCAAAUGGGACACUGACCAUUUGAGUAAAAAUAGAUUUAAAAAAAAUUUUGACAGAUUCAUUACCGAUGUACGUGGAUUUUUAAUGGUUAAAUAAAGUAUUUUUUGUCCUUAAAA